CAUCAAGUGGAUAUCAAUUCAUGAUGCACUUCAGUUGAACGAAUCGAAGAAGAAUAAAAGCGGUGCCUCGCGGUGCUGAUUCCCUGUGGGAUAUCGAUUGGGAACUUUCGAAUUGAUCCGGGGCAGAACCAUGGAUUGCAACUUAGUACCUUUUGUUUGUAAAUCCCAAGAUAUACAUAUAUAAAGUUUGAUACCUUGACUCGAACGUUUCUCUUCUUUAUCCUCGUUUCAACUUCUUUAUUUUCUCACUUUAUUUUCUCUACACAAACAGAAGUCCACAUCCACUGGUUCUACAUACCCUAUCAUUAUCACCGAAGCUGAUGAAUCGUUUGAGCUUAUUGGCCUUUUGUGCCAUCGUUUUACUUGCUACAUUUCAUGUCCAGGGUAAACAUGAUUCUCAUUACAAAUCAAGUCAAUCAAAGAAAGUAAUGGGAUAUUAUCCUGCUUAUAAUUAUAAAGUUCAAUCGCCUUCUCAAAUUCCUUGGUCCUUGUACACCGAUUUGACUUUUUUUGUGGCGAUUCCUAAUCUUGAUGGAUCUUUCACUUAUCCUCCUGGUUUAACAUCAGAAAAUGCUGCAAAACUUGCUAAAGAAUUUGUCACUUUGGCUAAUUCUAAUAAAGUUUUACCUGCUAUCACUUAUGGUGGUUGGACAGGGUCCAGAUAUUUUUCAACAAUGGCUAAAAACAAAACUAAUCGAAAAAAAUAUGCCAAGAUUUUAAUUGAUUUUGCUAAAAAGUUUGGAUUUAAAGGGAUUGAUAUCGAUUGGGAAUAUCCUAAUGGUGCUGGAAUUGGUUGUAAUACAUUUGAUAAGAUGGACACCGUCAAUCUGGGUCUAUUCUUACAAGAAAUACGUAAACAAUGGCCUAAAGCGCAACUAAGCUCGGCCUUGGGUAUCUCAGGCUUGGUGGGCGCUAGUGGUUCAGCUGCAACUACGGAAGAAACGAAGCUUGUGGUCAAACACCUUGACUUUGUAAAAAUCAUGGCUUACGAUGUCUUUGGAAAUUGGGCUGCUACCACUGGUCCAAUUGCUCCACUUUACGCAACCUGUGCACCCGAAAGUCCUAUCUCUGUUGAAACUGCUUUUCAAGCUUUAGUUGAACAAGGAUUUAAACCAGAGAAAAUGGUUUUAGGUUUACCUGCUUAUGCUCGUUCAUAUGAGUUAACUUCUUCUAAACUCGCACCUAGAAAUGUGGAUGGAAAAGUAUCUUUGUAUUAUCAAAACCAUACCUCAGUCGCACCUAGAGGAGGCAAGACUGAUGAUCGACCCAUGAAAGAUGUUUGUGGUGUACAAACUGAUUGGGGUGGACUUUGGUUAGUAAAAGAAUUCACAGAGAAAGGUUACUUAUCUAAAGAUCUAUUAAAAGGUGGUAACGGUUAUAAACGUUACUUUGAUAAAUGUAGUAGUACACCUUUCUUAACCAAUGGAAAGUACUUCUUCUCUUAUGAUGAUCAAGUUAGUGUGGUAGCCAAAGCAAAAUAUGCUAAAUCGAAGAAAUUAUCAGGAAUCUACUUCUUUGAUACUCAAGGUUUACCUGAUUUUGCUGUGAAAGCUGGUCGUGAUGCUUUGCAUUAAUCGUUCUUUUUAAUUGUUUUAUGAGUUGUUAUUGAGUGAUGAUGCUGCCCGAUUUGAUACCAUGAAACGGCGAUCCCUGUCGUUUAUCUUUGGUUGAAGACCUUGCGUAAUGGCCCCUAGAGAAGAAUCUGAAGACUCUCUUUAUUCCUUGCAUCUUUCUCCGGAUUUUUGAAGCUCGAAUCUCACGUUAUGCAAGCUUCUCACAGCUAUGCUUUUGAUACGCAUUUGAGCAUUUGAGCCGGCGCCGCUGGAAUGUGGAUUCCAUCACGAUGCCCUUCAGCUCAGCCUCCAAAUUCCAAAUUCCAAAUAUUGUAUUGAAGCAAUCCCAAAAGUCGUUGAAAUAUUUAAAAGGUCUAGCCUUUUUAACAAAUUC